UUUUUAUGGCUUAACUUCCGCAUUUUUACUACUACAAUAAAUUUAAUGGGACAAUGAAUGCGACAUACACAGUACCAAUAAUACCAAAAAAUUUAAGCAAAAAUGAGGCGAUUGUUCAAAUAGCGGAACUAUUAGAUCAUCUGUCCACAGUAAGUGAAGAUCUGUUUAAAAAGAUUGAUGCGAGACUCGAAUCAAACAAAACCAGACUAAACAACAUUACAGAACGUGUAGACAAUGUUCACACUAAAAUUGGUAAACUGAAGGGCGCUAAAAAUGCAACACAAGUGUUCUCGAGCAGUAAAUAUCCUGCUAAUGAUGUAAACAAAGAUUAUAUUUCUAUAUUUGAAAAUACCGAAGCCUUCCAAAUAAAACGGCACAAAAUAAAGCAUAAGAACUAUGUUUCCAACUAUGAACCAAUUGAUAAGAUUUCAUCAUAUCAAAAUCGAAGUGAAACUAGACAAAGGAAAGUUAAAUAUGAUGGUCUCGGAGAUAUGCCCAUAGACAUUGACUGUGUCAACGAUUUAUUAUUAUAUAACUCAGGAAAGAAUUUAUACAAAAACUUCGAAAUUUCCGACGCACUGAAAGGCCCCCAACAUAUUAGAGAGGAAGACAACGUGGACGUCUCGGACAUCGGCGUUGCCCCAUAUUCAAUUCGAGAAGGAGCUUCAAUGAACAAAUCAAAUGUACAACAAUAUUUCUAUGCGCCAAAAAUCGGGGAAGUUCCUGAGUUAGAUGUACCUUUAGAUUUACCCGAUCUUCCUGGAAUUGCGGACGAUCUGCGAUACGAAAACGACAACGCACCAACCAUAGCACCUUCAGCUUUGGCCUCUUCAGUCCUGGCCGAAUUGCCGGUUAUUGAGGAGCCUGUUAAAGAAGACGUUCCUAUAGAUUUACCUCCGCCUCCGCCUUUGCCCAAAGUCGAGCCAGUUGUGGAAGUAAUAAAAGAGGAACCAAAAGAACCAAUUGUUAUACCACAAGCACCGCCUGUACCGGAGGUUUUACCGAGACCUCCGACGCCUAAACAGGAGGAGGAACCGCAGAAGAAAGUUGACAAACUCCCAGGUCCAGCGAUUGAUGCCCGGGCGAGUUUAAUGGAAGCAAUUAGGCAAGCUGGCGGCUCUAAUAAGGCCAAAUUAAAGUCUGUCAUCAAAGAAAGGCCUAAAGAAGUCAAUAAACCACCGGCUGGAGAUUUAAUGGCAGAUCUACAUUCCAAAUUGUCGAUGAGGAGGAAAGGAAUUUCAGGAACGAAAACCGUCGACAACGAUAUUCUAGAUACCAGUACUGCAAUCGGGAAAAUCUCUGCUAUGAUUCCACCCCCAAGUAAGAAUGAUCUAACUGAUUCAACAAAUACUGAAGAUGAAGACUGGGAUGAAUGAAUAAUUGUUAUCAAAAUUAUUACCUUAGGAAUAUAUAUAUUUUAUGAUUGUUAUAUAAAAGUUUUAUAUGGAAUUGUUACUAUUUUAAAAAUUUUGAGUAAACUGAAAUGAUGAAUUUAUACAUUUUAUAUAACCCUGCUGAAUAAAAUUAUGAUUGUUGAUAAUAUUGUGUAAUAAAUCUGAGGAGUGAUCCUUAAAAAAAUACUUAUUCAUAUGGAAAACAAAUUAAAACAAUUUUUAAAUGUGA